GAGUGUACAUCACGUACAAUUAUGUCAACUACAUUAAACUCUAUUGGUGAAAUCACUAAAGAAAAAGAGACAUGGCGAAUUCGUGUUCGUUGUUUGCGAGUAUGGUUUAAGCACGUGCUAAACCAGCCCGAAAUGCGCCAAACUAUGGAGAUUUGUAUUGUUGAUGAACAUGGUGAUAAGAUACAAGCGACGAUUCCGAAAUGGCAUAUUUCAAAAUUUGAGGAAAUAAUUCUUGAAGGAAAUUUUUAUGUAAUGGGAAACUUUGAAAUUUUGGACAACACAGAUGACUAUAGUGCUACCCCACAUAAGUGUCUGUUGAAGUUUCAUAAUUUGACGUCCGUGAAGCUGCUGUUAGAGAAUCUUAACAUUCCUCGAUACAUGUUUAAUUUCGUUACCUUUGACGAGCUUCGGAAUAACCAUGAGUACAAUUCGCGUUUAUUUGAUGUGAUUGCCGAAGUCUAUGAUGUUGAUGAACUUGUCAAAAUGGAUCGGGAUGGUAAUCAAUUGACGAGAAUUAAGAUACAUCUCCGGAACUUGAGCGGCGAUACCAUGCAUUGUACAUUGUGGAACAAAUUCGCUAUGCAAAUGACUGAAUUCUGGAAAUCCAACAAUGAUGUUCCAGUGGUUAUUAUACUUCAAUAUGCCAUGGUGAAAAGAUGGGGAGCGCAUGUGAACUUGCAAAAUUCUCUGUUUGCAAGUAAGUUGAUGAUUAAUGAAGAUGUUGGUGACAUUGCUUUGACUCGAUAUCGUGUGCACGUCCGUGUGGAAGACAAUACUGGAAGUGCCUCCUUUAUUCUUUUUGACCCUCAAGUCUUUCCCAUUAUAGGGAAACGAGCUGCAGACCUAAAACAUUCACUAGAUAUGGCUGGUGAUGGGGACUCAUUUCCCGAUGAGCUUGAACAAUUAGUCAAGAAAAGCUAUUUAUUCAAAUUGGACAUAAAGAGGUUCAAUCUAAACCAGCGCAUAAGGGUCUACACAGUAGCAAAACUCACCCAAGAUGCAACAAUCAUUUCUAAAUGGUGCAAUGCAGUUUGUGAUGACAUGACUACUACUAAGGACAAAUCUCCUGUGGAAUCGUCUGCCAUUGAACCAUUCAUUGAACUUGAUACAAGCAUUGUUUCAUCGGUCGGUGAUAGUGCGAAAGGAGAUGAGUUGACUCCCUCUUCAAAUAAGCGUGUCGCUGUUGACAAUAAUCUUGAAGCUUUUGUUGAUGAAGAUUUUCAUUCGCAACAGUCAUGCACUAGAAAAAAUGCAAAAGUCAAAGUUGAGAAGAUAGACAUUUAG